UCAUCGGCUCGAUUCAUCAAACUCGUUCAAGAGGAAAUGACCCUUUCGUGCGCAUUUUUCCUAACGAAUUACGAUUUCCUUCGGUACGAUAAGUAAUUCGUGCAACUAACGAGCCAUGCAACGAAAUGUAUGUAUAUAUAUAUAUAUAUAUAUAUAUAUAAGAUCUCCACGCUAACGAGCUCAACGUUCAGUAAUCGAAAAAGUCAACAAUCUCCACGUAGCCAAGAUGAGGACCGUCCUGAUUGCUCUCGCGGCUGUUUGCUUCCUGCUCGGUGAAGUAUUCUCGGAAGACAAAUACACGACGAAGUACGACAACGUCGACAUCGAUGUUGUACUGAACACCGAGAGACUUUUGAACGGGUACGUGAACUGUUUGCUGGAUCAAGGCCCGUGCACCCCCGACGCCGCUGAACUUAAGAAAAAUUUGCCCGAUGCUUUGGCGAACGAGUGUUCAGCUUGCAGUGAAAAGCAGAAAGAAAUUGCCGACAAAGUUGUCCAAUUCUUGAUCGAUAACAAACCAGAAGUGUGGGUUCUUCUCGAAGCAAAAUAUGAUUCAACAGGGGCUUACAGGCAACAUUAUCUUCAGAAUCGAGUUAAAGAAGAAUCUGAUUAAAUUAUCCUCGUGACUCAAUGGUAUUUCCUCUUAAUUUUUACUAAUAAUUAGAUAUGAAAUAGUCAAUUUUAUUAAUCUGUAAGUCCGUACUUCAAAAAUAAAUUAAAUUUAAACUUAAAGCUUGGA